GAAGCCAUAAAAUGUAAUGAUUGACAACAGAGGAAAGAAAAUCGUUUUCAAUCUACAUCAUUUCUUGGGGGCGAUGACUCCACCAACCUCGUCAAUGCUUUUUCUUACCCAGCGUUUAAUUAAAACAGACACUCUCUAUGCAUAAAAACUACUAACCCAAUUUAAAAUCACAAACAAAAAGAGAAAACAAAAUCCCCUUCUUUUUCGAUCCGUGUUUACAUCUUUGCUACCAUGGUUAACUCUAACCUGCGUCGGGACAUGGACGUCAUGAAACUCAUGAUGAGCGGUUACAAAGUAGAGUUGGUGAAUGAUAGCCUGGCCGAGUUGUACGUGGAGCUCAAAGGACCUCCAAACAGCCCUUAUGAUGGUGGAAUCUGGCAGGUUCACAUUGAAAUACCAGAGGCAUACCCAUAUAAAUCCCCAUCUGUAGGCUUUGCUAACAGGAUUUACCAUCCCAAUGUUGAUGAAAUGUCUGGGUCAGUGUGCUUGGAUGUAAUCAACCAGGCUUGGAGUCCAAUGUAUGACUUGUCAAAUGUAUUCGAGUCUUUUCUUCCUCAGCUUCUAUUAUAUCCAAAUCCAACUGAUCCCAUGAAUGAAGAGGCUGCUUCUCUAUUGAUGCAUGAUGAGGAUUUUUAUGAAAAGAAAGUCAAAGAGUACUGUGCAAAAUAUGCUAAAGCUGACAGGGCAGCAACACAAGAAGAUGCCGGGAGCAGCAGCCAUGAUUUCAAUGAAGAUGAAUAUUCAUCUUCUGAAGAGUGAAUUAUUGGCUGUAAGGUCCGUGAAAUGUUUUUGUAGUAGUCUCUUGUAUAAGAGUUGGUAUACAUGUUUCUAAAGCAGCAACUUGUAAAAAUCAAAACCCUCAAAUGGGAAAGAGGUUUUCAAUCAGUCUUUCCUCGUAAGAUUUUACCGGACUGUAAUGCAUACUUUAGUGUUGGGAACACUACAUAGUACAUUGAUAAUACAUAAGAUAUUUGCUAUC